AAAUCUGCCUUCUUUCCCGUCCCCUCUCCAGGUAUCGGCUAUGCCUCUGUGGUGAUCGUGUCUCUGCUGAACGUCUACUACAUCGUGAUCUUGGCCUGGGGACUCUACUACCUGUUUCAGUGCUUCCAGCCGGAGCUCCCCUGGGCCAAAUGCAAUCAGCCCUGGAACACAGAAUUCUGCAUAGAGGACACGAUCCGCAGGAACAAGACCUUAUGGCUCGCAGCCAACAUGACCAACUUUACCUCCCCCGUCACUGAGUUCUGGGAACGCAACGUCCUGAGCAUCUCCAGUGGGAUCGAGGACAUCGGGCCCCUGAAGUGGGACCUGGCCCUGUGUCUCCUCGCAGUGUGGGUCAUCUGCUUCUUCUGCAUCUGGAAGGGAGUCAAGUCCACGGGGAAAGUGGUGUACGUAACAGCAACCUUCCCAUUUGUGAUGCUGAUUGUGCUGUUGAUACGAGGAGUGACCCUGCCUGGGGCAUCUGAAGGGAUCAAAUUCUACCUUUACCCCAACCUGACCCGCCUACAAGACCCAGAGGUGUGGAUCGAUGCAGGAACCCAGAUUUUCUUCUCCUACGCCAUUUGCCUGGGAGCCAUGACGUCGCUGGGGAGCUACAACAAAUACAGAUACAACUGCUACAGGGACUGUUUGCUGCUGGGAGGCCUCAACAGCGGUACCAGUUUUGUGUCUGGCUUCGCAAUAUUUUCCGUCCUGGGCUUCAUGGCACAAGAACAAGGGGUGGACAUUGCCGAUGUGGCAGAGUCAGGUCCCGGUUUGGCCUUCAUCGCCUACCCAAAAGCCGUGUCCAUGAUGCCGAUGCCGACCCUCUGGGCCAUCCUCUUCUUCAUCAUGCUGCUGCUCCUGGGCCUCGACAGCCAGUUUGUUGAAGUGGAAGGACAGAUCACCUCCAUUGUGGAUCUGUAUCCGAACUUCCUCAGGAAGGGUUACCGACGGGAGAUCUUCAUAGCCGUGAUGUGUUCCAUGAGCUAUCUCCUGGGGCUGGUCAUGGUAACAAAAGGUGGCAUGUAUGUGUUUCAACUCUUUGACUACUAUGCAGCCAGCGGUGUGUGCCUUUUGUGGGUUGCAUUCUUUGAAUGCAUCGCUGUAUCCUGGGUUUAUGGAGUGGAUAAAUUCUACGAUGGCAUUGAGGACAUGAUUGGCUACAGACCAAACGCAUGGAUGAAAUGGAGCUGGACCAUAAUCACUCCUGUCCUCUGCAUGGGCUGCUUUGUCUUCUCCCUGGUGAAGUACAAGCCCUUGACCUAUAACAAGGUGUAUGAGUACCCGGACUGGGCCAUCGGUAUAGGCUGGUGUUUGGCCCUGUCCUCCAUGAUCUGCAUCCCCAUGGUGAUGGUCAUCAAGAUCUUACAGUCUGAGGGACCCCUGAUCGAGAGGAUAAAAGCAGUGGCAGCCCCGGCGAAGUCAGGCGUGAGCUCUCGCCCGAAAGAGUACAACUUGAAGGCCAGCGAGCUGACACAGCCCCUGAACCCAAACGGGAACAAUGGCUUGAACAAGCCCACCCACACCAUUGUAGAAACAACGAUGUGAGCGCUCUCUGUGAGAGGAAUAAGAUUGAUGUGCUUUCUCUGUGUUAUUAUCAUAUUUGCUAACUUUGAUAAUAGUAGGUUUACAUCGUCAAAUAUAUUCACAUUAGAGAUACUCUGGUUUGAUCUCUAUGAAGAGAGUUAUAUAUCAUUGUUGUAAUGUUUCUCUUGUAUUUUUAUUUUUUACUAUAUCGAUAUUGUUGAUGUUACAAUUGUUAUUGCUGUAGUUGGCACUGAUCUCAGUUAAGUAUAUUGAGAUAGAAAAUGUUCAAUGUUUACUACCAUUCUGUUGAUUCCGGAGAAGAGAUGAGGAAUUUGAUUUUUUAAAUUGUUUUUUUUGGUGUAAUAGAAGAAAUUCUCAUUUCACAUAAAUUCAGUAAAAUAAUCGAGCAAUUAACCACGUGAAAGGUAGAAGACGUCCAAACACCCUCACGUGAUUGUUGCCCAAGCUAACUUCUAAUAUCUUGUUGUUGUUGGUCACCCCUACAGUGAAAAUGAAUGUACGUGAGCCACCCACGUCUCUUAGAGUACAAAUCCGUAACACGUUAAGUGGCAAUUAUGCAGUGUAAAGAGUUAAUCUUUGCUUGACAUUCUUUAAGUUGCAAGUUGAACAAGGCCUUGGCCAAAUACUGUGAGAAAUGCAUCCAUCCAAAUGAAAUCCAUUCUCAAAAACAUGAGACUACAAAAUGAAAAAUAAAAAAACACUAGGGAAGAGGAAGUAAGGAGAAAAGGGAAAUGGCAUUUUUAGAGUAUUUGUACACAGCCUGUGUGACUACUAGUCAGUCCCAGUGCAUUUAUUGAAACCCCUCUUUGCACUUUAUAUGUCGUUUCACCUUUAUUGUAGUAUUUGUUUUGAUUGUUGCAAGAUUAUGUGGAGUUGCAUUUGCAACAAAUUUCAGGAGGAAAUAUUUUUAGCUUCUAACUUUUUGAUAUUGUAAUAUUUGAUAUACAGUAUCUAGUUGUCGACUUGCUAAGACAAUGAUGCAAAAAGAGUAGAAAUCUGACAUCAAAUAUUCUUAGAAGAAUCUGUGAGAAGAUCACUUUAAAAGUAAAAACAUAACUUUUUUUCUAAACAUCCUGAACGCUCUCUCCAUUGUGCUCAUUACAAAAGCAGAUGCGCUCUGCAGAACUACCACUGGAUUCUAGUCUCUAAUGUUCGGUUUAGGCAUUUAUAUUGUAGAAUUUUAAUUGUUUGUAAAUCACAUAUGCCUUUUUGUAACAAUUUUAUACUGUACAUCAUAUGAACACCAUCACCAUUUUACUGAAAACUCAGCAAUUUGUUUUCUAAAUAUUAAUUAUGUUGUGAGCCAGGAUUACACUUUUCAGCGUGCAUUAUUCAUUGAAGCAAUGGCAUUCUCUCCUCGCUCAAAAUGCACCAUUAAAUUUUGAAUAUUGUUCAAUAAUUCAACAACUUGCACAGUUAGAAACAAAAUCUGAAGCAUGUGCAGUAGCCACAACAGUACCGUUCUGCUUUGUCUGUUAAAAUCUUGGAUUCAAGUGUACCAAAGUAUUUUUGUCUCACAGUUGUCCCCUUUGAGAUGCACAUUGCAUCAUUUCUAUUUAGAUUACAAAUAAACAUUUGUUCUUUGGA